UGUAUUGAUGAGGAGUCCUUUUUGUGGGCUCUAUAAAUUCCCCAACAAAGCUUUUGGAUUCCCUGCCCCUUCUUCCAUUAAAGAAACAGUCCCUUCUCUCUCUCUCUCUCUGUGACUGCAAAUCUUAAAACUCUUCAGUGGCCUAGGUUUUAAGAGUUCCAACUGCAACUUUCAAGGGUCUCAAAAUGUCGAUCUGGAACACUAUGUUUCAUCUUUGUCUUCUUCUCCUAUCAUCGCCAUUGGCAACAGCAAAUCUAGAAGGAGAUGCUCUCUACGCGGUAAGAAGAGCAGUGAAGGAUCCAGACAACGUCCUCCAGAGCUGGGACCCCACUUUGGUGGAUCCCUGCACUUGGUUCCACGUUACCUGCGACGGCGACGGCCGGGUCACCCGCCUUGACCUUGGAAAUGCUAAGCUAUCAGGGAGACUUGUGCCUGAGUUGGGGAAGCUUCACCGGCUUCAGUAUCUGGAACUGUACAUGAACAACUUGGAGGGGCCAAUCCCAGAAGAGCUGGGAGCACUGAAUAGCCUUGUGAGCUUGGAUCUUUACCACAACAACCUCACUGGCACAAUUCCUCCAUCGCUUUCCACCCUCUCUAACCUCAGAUUUCUGCGUUUGAACGGGAACAGGCUUACAGGAAGAAUACCCAGAGAACUGACGAAGCUUGGCAGCCUCAAGAUCUUUGAUGUGUCAAACAAUGAUUUGUGUGGUACAAUUCCAACCUCAGGCUCCUUCUCCAAAUUCACUGAAGAAAGUUUCAAGAACAACCCCAAAUUAGAAGGACCAGAGCUUAUGGGAUUUGUGAGGUACGAUGUCGGAGGCUGCAAAUGAGGUUUGGCAAAGGAAGCUUGCUGGCAGUGCUCUUUUUUUUUUUUUUUUUUUAGAGUUUCUCAUGUGAUGACCAAGUGUGGAAGACCCCAAUUCCACCCAAGGUUUUUGAAUGUAGUAAUGCACAGAUGUACACAUAUUUUGCCACUAAUGGAGGUGCAAAAGUUGCAUUAUAUCUAAUACAAGAAGGUUAUAAUA